UUUACAAACCGCGUCAGUCUCAAUUGUACGUUGGUAUCGUUCGGAUCGCCUGUUUUAUUCGCCGUUCGUCCGUUUGGGAAAGCACAGAGAUACAUAGUAGGUAGUAGUUAACUUUCAACCGCUCUUGUGAGAUCUCUGAAAAGUGUCCGGUCCGGUGUGACUCAUCAUCAGCUAACAAGUUUUAUCUCCUACACGCGCAAAAGGUUAAACCCACAGCACAACCAUGAGCUCGCAGUACUAUCCAUUCCAGUGCACCCCAACCGUCUACCCGGCCGAUCCCUUCGAUGCCGCCGAGGAUGCCGCCACCCUGCGUAAAGCCAUGAAGGGCUUCGGAACGGACGAGAAGGCCAUCAUUGAGGUGCUGGCCCGCCGUGGCAUCGUGCAGCGUCUGGAGAUUGCCCAGGCCUUCAAGACCUCCUACGGCAAGGAUCUGAUCAGCGAUCUGAAGUCCGAAUUGGGCGGCAAAUUCGAAGAUGUCAUCCUGGCUCUGAUGACCCCGCUGCCCCAGUUCUACGCUAAGGAACUGCACGAUGCCAUCUCCGGCAUCGGAACCGACGAGGAGGCGAUCAUCGAAAUUCUGUGCACCCUGUCCAACUAUGGCAUCAAAACGAUCGCUGAGUUCUACGAGCAGCUGUACAAUGUUUCGCUGGAAUCGGACCUGAAGGGCGACACCAGCGGGGCCUUCAAGCGUCUCUGCGUCUCCCUGGUCCAGGGCAAUCGCGACGAGAAUAACGGUGUCGAUGAAGGUGCUGCCGCUGCCGAUGCCCAGGCCCUGUUCGAAGCCGGUGAAGGCCAAUGGGGUACGGAUGAGUCGAUUUUCAACAUGAUCUUGGUCAGCCGUUCGUAUCAGCAGCUGCGUUCGGUUUUCGAUAUCUACGAAAGCCUGGCUGGACACUCGAUCGAGGAUGCCAUCAAGCGGGAGUUCAGUGGCGCCAUCGAGGAAGGUUUCAAGGCUAUCGUGCGCUGCGUCCGAUCGAAGGUUCAGUACUUUGCCAAGCGUCUGCACCACUCGAUGGCCGGACUCGGAACCAACGACAAGACACUGAUCCGUAUCAUCGUGAGCCGCUCGGAGAUCGAUCUGGGAGACAUCAAGGAAGCAUUCGCCGAAAUGUACGGAAAGUCGCUUGAGUCCUGGAUCAAGGAGGAUUGCGAAGGAGAUCUGGGAGAUUUGCUGGCAACACUGGCUUCGUAUUAAGCACGCUUGCGAAAACAAAAAUCCAAUUCGAUUGUUUCUGUUUAACACAAACUCAAAAAGAUUUUAAACCUAUUUUUCUCACGUUUGUCGAACUUUUUUCGAGCCACCACUCAGCACAUUGAAACGGUUUAGAAUUAGUUUUUAAGUCAGGAACAAACUAUAGGAGAUUAAGUCUUAAAUUCAUUCGAUCGGUACACUAAACAAAAUUCAUUUACGGUGUUUGGGCAGCUUUUUUUUUGUUUUUAACGACUUUUGUUAUUGCGGCACCCAAACCGAGUUUCAUAUCUUUAUUCGUCUAUCUCCAUCCCAUUGCAGGAAGAUCUGGGCAGCGACUUGGGUAAUUUGCUCGCCGAAUUGGCUUCAUUCUAGAGAGGAAUCUACGCGAUACCACCUUAACUAACUCGAAUCAUUUGUACACUAUUGGCCUUACAAUCAAAUUUGUUAUACGACAAUGUUAAAAACAUUCUGAAUAUUUUUUUGAUGUUUUAUUCAAUUUGGUAUUAUAUAGCUUUUGAAGCAUUUAUAUAUUUUUUAAAUAUAUUAUUUAAUCUUACACGGAAAUUAACUUAAUAAAUUUUAUUCAGAAAAAACUUAAAUCCGGUAA